AUGGGCAAGUCGGGCAUGGUAGGCGCGGGUGUCCCAGCGAAGGUGUGGAACGGUGGCCGGGUCGUCCUGGCAGAGAAGGAGGCGGUCGAAGUUGAGCUGUGGCAGAGAGAGAGGAGGAGGAUGGGUCAGCGACAAAGCGUCUACACUGGCGAACUUGAGGGACUGCGCCUCGCCCUAUCCUCCCUACUUGCCACGCAACCCGCUGACCCUCCUCUACCCGUCCUCUUCUCACUCAACAACACCUCCGCGCUCUCCCACUCGACCGACCUGACCCCUUCCUCCGGCCAGCACCUCCGCCUAGCGAUCCAGCAGGCGUUUGAGAAGCUCGCACGCACCCAAAAAGACCUUCUUGUGAGUCUAUCGUGGUCACCGGGACACGUCGGGAUCGAGGGGAAUGAGGCGGCGGACGUCGAGGCAAAGGAGGCGGUGCGGGAGGCGGAAGAGUCAGCGAGGGAACGGGAAGAGCGGAAGGAGCUCAAAGCGCACCUGAAGGGUUGCAAAGUCUUUGUGCCGGCCAUGGCAGGCCUGUCGAGCGGGUCGGAGGACGAGGGG